AUGGGAGACAUGGGCGAUCCACCAAAAAAAAAACGUCUGAUUUCCCUAUGUGUUGGUUGCGGCAAUCAAAUUCACGAUCAGUAUAUUCUGAGGGUUUCUCCGGAUUUGGAAUGGCAUGCAGCAUGUUUGAAAUGUGCAGAGUGUAAUCAGUAUUUGGACGAGAGCUGUACCUGCUUUGUUAGAGAUGGGAAAACCUACUGUAAAAGGGAUUAUAUCAGCACUGCACGGGAGGGUGAGCAGCCCGGCCUGGCCUGCACUCACCUCAGUGCCCCUUGCCUCACAGCCGAGCCCAUCUCUGCCCGGCAGCCGGCCCUGCGGCCCCAUGUCCACAAGCAGCCCGAGAAGACCACCCGCGUUCGGACUGUGCUGAACGAGAAGCAGCUGCACACCUUGCGGACCUGCUAUGCCGCCAACCCCCGGCCAGACGCGCUCAUGAAGGAGCAACUGGUGGAGAUGACAGGCCUCAGUCCCCGCGUGAUCCGGGUCUGGUUUCAAAACAAGCGGUGCAAGGACAAGAAGCGGAGCAUCAUGAUGAAGCAGCUCCAGCAGCAGCAGCCCAAUGACAAAACUAAUAUCCAGGGGAUGACAGGAACUCCCAUGGUGGCUGCCAGUCCAGAGAGACACGAUGGUGGCUUACAGGCAAACCCAGUGGAGGUGCAAAGUUACCAGCCGCCUUGGAAAGUACUGAGUGACUUCGCCUUGCAGAGUGACAUAGAUCAGCCUGCUUUUCAGCAACUGGUGAAUUUUUCAGAAGGAGGACCGGGCUCUAAUUCCACUGGCAGUGAAGUGGCGUCGAUGUCCUCUCAGCUCCCAGAUACACCUAACAGCAUGGUAGCCAGUCCUAUUGAGGCAUGA